AUGGGUGAAAACCUCGGCGAGGAUGAAGCGAAUGCGCUUCUUACUCUCAUCCGUUCCAACAGAGACGACGCUCUCAAAGUCGACCAACUUGUUCAAGCAAAACAGAAGAUCAAGCACUAUGGCAUCGAUGCGGAUGCCACCGAACCCACCUUUUCCGCCGUUCGCAUCGGCAUGUCCCAGGCGUCCAAUAUGACUCUAUUCCAACACUCCCUCAGCUGCCUUGGAUACUUAGUUAAACGGUGCCGGGCCAACGAUGCCACCCUCCUGAAACGUUUGUCUAUCGACCUCCUCCCGCUUCUCCUAGACAAAAUGGGUGAUGCGAAAGAGCGUAUUCGGGAAAUGGCACUCUCCCCGGUUGUUGAUAUAUGGACUGUUGCACCCGUCGAGACGGAGAGGGCCAUCCGUGAAAACGGCCUAACUAGCAAGAAUUCUAGACUUAAGGAGUCUAGUUUGGAAUGGUUGGUUAGAGUACAUGCUCUGUACGGCGGGCAGCUCUCAAUCAAGCCAUAUACUAGUCUGCUGGUGAGGUUGCUCGAGGAUGCAAGUGAUGGAGUAAGAGAAAAAGCGAAGCACGUGGUUGUGGAUUUGUUUAAGUCCGCCUCGGGUCCAGCAAAAGCCGAUUUACAGAAGUCGAUUACAGAGCACCAAGUUCGCAAAACCAUUGCGACAUACGUUAUCGAAAACAUUAGCGGCCCGGAUAUGAGAGGUUCUGUUAAAAAUGAGAAGGAUAAGGCUAAGGAUGAGAAACCAGCACGGCCGGCCGCCAAAAGCACCUACCUCAGCUCUCUUGCAGGCGUUGAUAUGGAUGAGAUGAAGCCAGCAUACGCCAACACUGGCCGGGAACUUGAAAACGAGCUAAAUGGUAUGCUAGCGGACCUCUCGGGCAAAGAGUCGGAACAAAACUGGGCUGCACGAGAGCGACACGUUACAAGAAUCCGAGAACUCUUACGGGGGAAUGCUCCUACCGACCAUCCCGCCAUAUUUUCGGCUGGCAUAAAGACACUGUGUGAUGGACUUGUCAACGUAGUUAAAUCACUCCGAACAACCGUCUCAACGAAGGGCUGCCAGUGCGUCAAAGACCUAUUUCUAGUUCUGGGGCAUGGAAUGGACCCGACUAUCGAUAUAAUUUUGCCAACCAUGAUCAAAUUGUGUGGCGGUACGAAGAAAAUCACUGCAGAAGCCGCAAAUGUCACCUGCGCUAUCAUAUUCGCAAAGACUUCCUACCAUCAUAAGAUUCCGAAUUACUUAUAUGGUGCCUGCACAGACAAGAAUAUUCAGCCUAGAUUAUAUGCGACAUCAUGGUUUAGGGCUCUGGUUGAAGCACAUGCCCAUGAAAAGUAUAUACUUGACCAUGGAGACGGUAUCAAAAAACUCGAAGACGGGUUGAAGAAGGUAUUGGUGGAUUCGAACCCGGCCGUCAGAGAAGGUGGACGUGCGGCUUUCUGGACCUACUUCGACCUUUUCCCUGAUCGUGCCACCGUUAUUUUGGAAGCUCAAGAUGCAAACACCCGCAAAUUGCUUGACAAGGAUAACCCGAAUGGCAGCUCCGGCACCAGUGCUGGUCCAAGUUCCAAUGCUGGUCCUUCGUCUCGGCCAGCAGCUGCCCGCGCUGGUGCACCUACUACAACUCGACUUUCAAUCAAGGAGCAAAUCGCUGCGCGCCGGAAAGAGGCCGCCGCCGCCGCACAAGCAAAACAAGCACCAAAGCUUGAGCCUGCUCACUCCCUCUCCGGACCUCUAAGCGCUGGCUCAUCCUCCUCUGCACAAACUGCACCAGAAAAGUCCGGUAUAUCUUCCGCCCCCGUCCGCCCUAGUCGUCCUAUGCGACCUAAAUCGCAGCUCUCAGUUCGCGUUGACGAAGCAAAGAGGCCAGCGUCAUCAAGUAGUAAUGGAGAUUCUGCUAAUGCUAUCGAAAGAACGUUGGAAAGAAUGAACGGCAAUCGAGCAAUGAGCCCUUCCUCGUCAGCCCGGUCUGGUUUCUCACCUUCUACAUCAAGCUAUAAAAAAUCAUCAACCACCUCGCCACCGGGUUCAACAAGAGCAGCCCGAACAACAGUUCGAGCAAGCCCCCUUAGCUCUCGAAAACUAACAAUCUUAGAGCAACUAGCUCAUGCAGACCAUAAAAUACGUUUGGAAGGAAUAGUCGUCCUAGGCUGUGCACUAGCUGGCAGAACACCGCCGAAUUAUGAGAAGAGGCCACCAGUACCCCCUAGCGAUCAGCUCGCCCCGGCUCUUCAAAAACUUUUGAAUGAUCCCCAUACCGAAGUCGUCGAAAGCGUUCUUGCGCCCGAGGUUCUUCCUGAGCUCGUUAAAUUCGUUGGCUACGACCAAAUAGUCCCUCGUGUGCUGCUCCUCAACGAGGUUGACGAAACUGAGCAUCCACGGCCAUACCCAACAAAAAGCCUUGCAUCCCUGAAAGAACUCCUUACACCAGCCGAAUCUGCGGAGCUUUUGUUAAAAGUUAUCACGAGUAUGGGAUCCGGCGGUGCUAUGUCACGGAAAAUGCUCCCUGGCGCCAUGUCUUUUACAUCUGUCCAGCGGAAACGUAUCCUACACGGGGCUCUCGAAUGGAUGAACACACUAGCUGGUGGCGAUAAGGUCAAGCCUAAUGAUUAUAUUGACCAACUAGACACCUACAAGCUUUUUAUUAAUAGGCUGGUCCCAAUGGUCCCAUCUACCAAACAGCCAAACUUUGCUCCUCUAGCGAACAUUCUUAAGAAUAUCCAAAAGAGGAACCCUACAAUCUUCGACCGGAUUCUUGCGACUUUUGACCCUGCUAUACAACGGGAUCUCAAGAAGGCUUGGGGAAUGAAGGAUGAAAGCGAAGGUGCUUCGAAGAUUGAAGAAGAAGUUGCGCGCGUUGAAAAGGUCCUAGGGAUAAUACCCUCUGUCAAUGAAAUGCCGCCUCCACCUCGGCCUAACCGUGGUAUCGAUAUCCCGGAUGUUUCUCAUAAAACCGACUUCAUAACCGAGGACGAGGAAUUAACUAUGAUCAAUCCAAUGAGUGCUCUCGCCAAUCUUAACAUCGUUCCUUCCGCUGCGCCUUCGACUAUACCUACCGCCACAGACACUAGAAAAUCUUCCAGCGGAAGUCUUGAUAUCCCAGAUUUCUUAUCAACAACCAAGAAGACUACUACGAAUGGAACCAGUUCCGCAAGUAACAGGGACAAAGAUUUGAUUCAAGUCUACCAGGACCCCACACCAUCAAAGUCCGGUGUUAACGUGCCAAGGUCCCCGGAACCACUUGCUAACAUUACAAAUAGCGUGCGUCCGAGGCUGAAAAACUUUGGUGCCUCCACAACAGCCGGCAAAACGCCUGAACAACAACUUCAAAGCCUCCAGAACUAUCUGCGUAAAUUGAAGGACGGAGAUAUCGAUUCCCAUGGCCUUCGGAGAUUGUGCGCUAUCGUCAGAGACAACCCAGCCAAGCGCGAGCAACAAGAGAAUAAAGACGCGAUCGAUUUUUGGGCCGGCGGGCAAACCUUCGAGGAAAUGCUCGACUCCCUUCUCGAUUUCUUAGGCGAACCCUUUACUGGGGGCUCCACCAAAACCCCUGAAGCGCUUGCCGAUGUGCGUACCCAAGGAAUUCAACUACUCCGACUUUUGAUGAAUAAAGCCACGCCGUACUUCACAGGACGAGAGCACAGCGUUUUGCCAGUUGCAUUCAAGCUUAGAGGGGAAUACCCAACUCAAAGUCCUGUCAGCACCAAUAUCGAUGACACAGUUGAGGAUUAUGUCAAGAGCGUCGCAGACUCCGGAAUCGCUUUACCAACUAUUACGAGUUUUUUGAUGAUGACGACACCGGAUGCCGGUGCAGGCGCUGGAGGGAUUGGCAAAAAGAAAGUAGGGUCCAACGUCCUCGCCCUGAAGACCUUGGCAGCAUUUGUCAAAGAAAGUGAUGAGGAGGACCUUGAAAGCCAGUGGAAUGCAAUCGGUGCAAUUGCGAAGAGAUACAUGGAAGACGAGGAUCCAGAGGUCAGGAGAGCUGUUGUUGAGGUUUGCGUUGGAGUGAGAAAGGGAUUUGUUAAGAACGGAGAUGUUGAGGAAGGAGAGGCAAGGCUAUGGAAAGAUUGUCUGGAAGGGUUGACUGAGGGUCAAAAGAACCUUUUGACUUACUACUUUGCACGAAAUAAUUGA